CCACUAGGGGCACUGUCUCAGAUGUAGCAAAGAUAACGCCGCUACGUCUUCUUUUACGGUCUAUGGUCUUGAGCAUGGAAAACUAGCUUCUUGCUAAAGUGUGCAGUUGUAAUUUUGCUGUGAGUGCAAAUUGUCUACGAAUACUUUUUGCGAAACGUUGUUAGUUAACACAUUAUUUUGCUAGAUAGGAUCCCUAGCAUAGAACUAGGUGGUUCAAGAAAUAAAGAGCCAGUUAGCUAUAAGCAAAACACGGACCUGCUUGUCUUUUUGGGGGAUCUCAAUGGAUCGUCUUGCAUCUUUUGGAAAUGAUCCGUUUGAUAAGCCACCUUGUCGGGGAUGCUCCUCUUACCUGGUCGAGCCUUUUAUCAAGUGUGCAGAGUGUGGACCACCAUAUUUAUACGUCUGUCUUCAGUGUUUCACACGAGGGUUUGAGUACAAAAAGCAUCAAAGUGACCACAAAUAUGAAAUUAUGACAUCAGACUUCCCUGUGUUGGAGCCAGGGUGGACAGCUCAAGAGGAGAUGGCUCUGUUAGAGGCUGUUAUGGACUGCGGCUUUGGAAACUGGCAGGACGUGGCAUAUCAGAUGCGCACCAAGACCAAGGAGGAGUGCGAGGGCCACUACAUGAAACACUUCAUCAACAACCCACUCUUCUCCUCCACGCUGCUCAGCCUGCGGCAGAUUGAAGAUGCCCGCACUGCCGACUCGGCCAUCCCCUUCAAACCCACGGAUGACCCUCCCAGGCCCACCUUUGACUCGGUGUUGUCCAGAGACAUGGCCGGAUACAUGCCUGCCCGAGCAGACUUCAUGGAGGAAUUCGAUAACUAUGCUGAGUGGGACCUGAAGGACAUUGACUUUGUUGACGACGACUCGGAUAUUCUGCACGCCCUCAAGAUUGCAGUGGUCGACAUCUAUCACUCAAGGUUAAAGGAGAGACAGCGGAGAAAAAAGAUCAUUCGAGACCAUGGGUUGAUCAACUUGCGCAAGUUCCAGAUGCUGGAGCGGCGCUACCCUAAGGAGGUGCAGGACCUGUACGAUGCCAUGAGGCGCUUCGCUCGGGUAGUGGGCCCCACCGAACACGACAAGUUCAUCGAGAGCCAUGCACGAAGGCCCAAUGAAAUGCUCACAGUGGAAUGCUCAAGGCUACUCUGUUGGUGCAUCUCAUCCAGUGUUCUCAUAUUAUAAGGAAGAAUCUUGCCAGCCAUUACCCCUCCUUGGACAUGCACUGUAGUAAGGCUACGGGAUGAUGUAAUGACGUAAUAACGGGAUAAUUGUAAUGACGUUUGAGGAGAAGGAGAAGGAGACGUCAUGUCUGGUGCAAAAGCAUCUUCAGAUGAACGUGGACGCCGUAUACAUCUCUGUUUUAUCUUUGUGUACAGCUCUGGAAAAAAAAUGAAGAGACCACGGCACUUUUUUUCUGAUGUCAUCCCAAGGUUGCUGAAUUGACGAUCAUAUUCAAAUUUGCAGGGGUCUCUUAAUAUUGAAUGUGACCGUCAACUCAUUCAAAUGUCACUCAGCAACCGUAUGAUGACAUCAGAUAAAUGUGCAGUGGUCCCCUCAUUUUCUCCAGAGCUGUAUACACCAAGAAAACCCAGCUGCCCUUCACCCAUCUUUACAUCCGCUGUGGUGGGUCACUGCAUGUGAAAUGGGACAGUGGAGUGAUCUCUGGCUGUGUAACGAGGGGUGUGGUGAGAACAAGGGGCGACGCAUGUCGUGUCGUGUCGUGUCGGUGUCUGUCUGGUGCUGAAGCGUCCUCAGAUGCAGACGGACGCGGCGCCGGACAGCUGAGUCAUGUGGGCUGCCGUUGCCGUGCCGCCGCUGUUUCCUUUGGAGGCUGAACAGCCGGAGGAGCAGCUGGGUGAGCUCAGCUCACAUGUAGUCUCACAGUCAGGGUUGAAGAGUUCAAUGUGUACUCCGCCGGGGGAGCGUGCAGAGUGUGUGUGUGUGUGUCUCUGUGUGUCUGUGUGUGUGUGUGUGUGUGUGUGUGUGUGUGUGUGUGUGUCUCUCUGUGUGUCUGUGUGUGUGUGUGUGUGUGUGUGUGUGUGUGUGUGUGUGUGUGUGUUUGUGAGUGGGCUUUGUAUGCUCUUAGUGUGUUUCUUUGUUUAAGUGUCUUGGAGUGUAUUUAUGCAUUUUGGUCUGUGCUUUUGUAUCUGUGCCCCUUGGCUGAAGGAAUUUCCAUCUCUCUCCAUCUCUCUUUCUCCCUCUCUCUCAUUCUCCCUCUCUCUUUCUCUCUCUCCCCCUUUCUCUUUUUCUCCCUCUCUCUCUCUCUCUCUCUCUCUCUCUCU